CAACUAUCAACACUGGGAUCCCACACAGCCUGCGCAAAGGAAAAUGGCAGCCUCAACAGAUGGAAGCAAUAAUCCCGGCCUCGACUAUCCUAUCGGAAAGAUCAUCCACCUAAAAAUUAGCGUUUCAAACAAGGAGCAGACAGAGCUACAUGUGAAAAUAAAAGAACAAAAGCGACCAUGGACAUUAUCAUGCGGCAUGAUAGUCGAGUUCCAGGACACUGCAGACUCACAAAUAAUCUCUGAAACUCUACGCAAUCAAAGUGAAGCGUUCUUGAAGAUGUUUGACCGGAGAUUCGCGGAGCAGAUUCGCCAAGACAACGGCAUCGAUACCUGGUCUGCGGAUAUUGAACAAGAAUUCCUGACAGCUCUUACAACCGGCAAAGCAGAAGAAUUUCUCUACAAGUUUCAGAACGUACCGAAUUUCCAAAGAGAUACCGAGGACGACUGGGACGCAACUGAGAACGAAGUCUACCUGGCUACCGAGCUCCGAAAAUGCUUCACCUCAGAAGUCGCAACGUACAAUCGUCUCAAAGAAUACCAGGGAAAAAUCAUACCUCGCUUCUUGGCAUCUGUUGUCCUUGGCGUGCCCUCAUCCAAUGUGGCCCCCACUACACAGCAACAAGAACUUUACAAGCAACAAGGCAUUCUACUACAAUAUCUCCCCGGCUUCUCCCUCUCCACCAUGGCGGAUAAUGCGCCAGAGUCAUCAUGGCAAGCGAUCGUCGACCAGGCUAUCCAAAUAGUCCAUGUUCUCGGCGACCAUGACAUUCUAAACACCGAUGUUCGACCGGAUAACUUUAUAGUUGUUCCCAAAGAUGACACCUACCAGGUUUUCAUGAUAGACUUUGGGCAAUGCAGGUUUCGGCGGGAGGAUGAGUCUGAUGCGGAAUGGGGACGGGCGAAGUGGAGACAAGACGAAGAAGGCGCUGUGGGAUAUGUCAUGAAGUCAAGGCUGAAGAAACUCGGGUUUGAACUAAAGUUUGAACCGAGUUGGAGGUAUUUAGCCUGGGCUCCUGGAGAGGACGACUAGCUGCAAUUUCAACAGGCAGAGAUCUAGUGUAACAAUGGCUCUUCUGUGUUGCCUUUGACUUUUACCUUCGGCAGAACGGAGCUAAAAGCUGGGUACUAUCCAUAAACGGCCCUAUUUCUCUGAGGGACAUAAUAUGUCUUGUACCGUCUUUUGGGAAAGGAGGCGUCGAAAGCAAAACGGACUUCGUAAAGAUCAGGAGUUUGAAGCUGGCUGAAGGAAAUGCCUUCUUGCAUUGGCGAGCAGGGGAAAAGCUCAUCGAUACUCCCAUGUCCCUUGUCCUCCAGACAAACAGUCUUCAUCUCGGCAAGCGCUCUCUCGCUCUAGCUGCUAGUACUGGCUAUAGUAGUCAAACAAGAUCUCCCCUG